UUUAUGGGUUGAGAAUCAAACACUGUUGUAAAUCUAUGGCAGUUUGUAAGUUGAAAAUGCAAAAUGCAGAUCUAAAUUUGCUAGACUGGUUAGAUGUAAUUAGCUGCUAAUGUUAUAUACAAUUUUAAAUUUACCUUUUCAGAACAAGUUAUACUAUAUCAUUAAAAUGCUUCGUUUUGGUCAAAAUGCAAGAGUUUUAUUUCAAAGAUAUCAUUCAAGAUUAUUAUCAACAUCAAAGUUGUUAUGUAAAAAAAAUGAUGAUAACCAGAAAAGCAAGAAUUCGAAUAUUCAAGACCUUCUUAGUUCUAUGGAAGAAUCUAGUAGAGAACCUGUAGAAUCAUUACAAAACCUAAUGAAAAGUAUGAAGACUAAACAACAACUUGCAAAGACUAAAAAACAAACAAGGUUGAAGCUUACGAAGCAAGAUGUAAGGAAGCAUAAAGAAGGAGAACAUUUUUGGUUCAGACAAGAAGAAACCAAUUCAAAGUUAGAGAGUGACAGUGCUAUAAAUGAUGACACUGAACAGCUGGAAAAUUUGAUGCCUGAAGAGGAUCUUACCAGUAGAAGUAUUAUUGAAAAUUAUAACAUUGAAGUUAGCCAGAAACUUCAAGUUUCACAGCUAAAAGAUGAUAUUCUCCAACGUGGAGACAGUAGGAGUGUAUCCAAGUUGAUGACAGCUUUGAUUGAUGAGAUUGAUGAAGAUUUACCGAAUCCAGAACAGAAACUGAAAACUUUAAUGAAUGCUAUGAGCAAAAAAGCACCAGAAAAAAGUUUUCAAGAGGAAGAACAGUCUACCUCUCUACGUGAUAUGAAACAAAGAAGGAGAGGGGUUAGUUUAACAUUUGGAGAAACAACAAAUCUCUUUUCUGGCAAACUCUUACAAGAAUCUACAUGUGUUGCAGAGAAAGUUUUUUUACUUGAGAAGAAGUGGCAGGAUGACCUUCAAUCUUUACUUCCAGAAAGCAUUCCUCAAAACUCCUUUGAAGAAAGUAUGCUAGAUAUUGAUAGACAGUGGAGGUUUCCAAUUGAUAAUGAACAAGAUAUGGGAAUUGAAGAAGAAACGACAUUUGAUCAGCAUGUAUUUUUAGAAUACUUACUAGACGAAUUUCCAAGAGAAGGUCCUAUUCGAAAAUUCAUGGAGUUGGUUGUUACAGGACUUCAACAAAAUCCAUAUUUGACUGUAGAGGAAAAAGAAAGUAGAGUGUUUUGGUUUAGAGAUUAUUUUCAAAAAUUUCCAGAGCAAGAUAUUAUGUUAUAACAUCACAUGUAUACCUGUUCAGCCUACAGUGUCUCUUGUGUGAAUGUUUGUUUUUUUAAGUGGUUAAUCUAAGCAUAGUAAAGGAAAUUACUCUGUUUUUUCAAUAAAUAAAUCUCAAUACACAUUCAUGAUGAUAGCCAUGUUAAAAAGAGGGUAUAUAUAACUGUUAUCACUGAUAUAAAAAGUUUGAUAUGGUGCAAAAUGAAAACUCUUAUGCACAUAGGUUUUUUAUCAAAUACUUUGACUAUUAUACGCCAAUAUUUUAAAAUCUUUUUUUCUUUUGUUGUUACGAACUGUCACUAGAAUGUGUUAAUUUGAACCGUUUGAUAAAGAAAACAACCAGAGGUUUUUUUAUUAGUUUAGUGAUGUGUGUGCUAGUCAAGUUAACAAAAAGAUAUCAUUUUAAGAAGAAUUGCACAAAGUUUAUAUAACUAUCUGUUUAAGUAAACAUGUUCUUCUUUUAUAUACAUUUAACAAAUUCAUAUAUACUUUAUAAAAUGGAUUUGUCAACUUUGCAUGGUUUCAAAUUUUCCUAAUAAUAAUUGGCAUAGCUUUAUUCUUAUUAGAAAUGUAUGGA